AAAACUUUGGACAUCUAUUCCAAUAUCGCUGUUUUUGGUUUUAAACUUUCAAAAAGUGACAUUACAAAAUUCUAUGUCACGCCAGAAAGCAAGUUUAAACGGAAGUAUUGUAUAAUUGACUUGAAAUUCUCGCAUGAUUUAAGAGAGCGAUAAAAUGACCAACGGCGAGGUUCGGCCCACCAGGCCCAGUCCCUAUUGGCGUCAUGCCAGCCCCCCGAGGAGGACUACGACACCCAAAUUCGACUUAACACCGGAGCAAACGACUAACCGAAUCGGACAGCACCUGCUGCGAACCCUGGUUCAGAGUUUACCUUCUGGGGCGGAGCCCGCGCGAUCACGGUCAUCCUGCCCACCCACUCAACGUCGUCGCCGGCAAGUUAGUGCCUGCAGAUCUUUAGGUACUCCGGAGUCAGAACCACCGAUCAGGACCAGGGCACCGCUUAGAUUGCAGGCGGGAAUGCCGGUUAAGCAAGUGCUAGAAGGGGACCGACCCCUUCCAAGGGUCGUUGGCUUGGGAAGAAGUGGACAGCAGUCAGUAAUGGCCGCUGUUAAGCGCCGCAGUGAGUCGCCAUCAUUCAAGGCCAAGACCAGAGAAGAGGAGUUCGACAGGAUACCAGAGUUGGUGACGGGAGCAGCGACCGCCAGAUCCCGAGAAGAGGAGUUCGAAAAGAUACCAUCCAAGGUAUCUAGUAUGCACCAAGAUGUCAAGGAAGCAGAGGAUGAAAGCGGGGGGAAUGCAAAGCCAGAAACCCUGGAGGAUUCCAAACCGGAAACCCAGGUGAAUAGUAAACCCGAAACCCAGGAGAAUUCACAGCGGAAUAGCCUGGACAACUUAAAUAAGAGUAGUCAAGAAGUCUCAAACUCAAAAAUAGAAGAGGAUCAGGCCGCCAAGGAACCGGAUCAACAGCAACCAGAGUGUGCGGCCAACUCAAAGAUAAUUCCCUGCUUUCGGGGGGAAUAUCCCACGCGUCAUCGACCUGGCUCGUAUCAGUGGUUCAAGUCCGCAGUCCCCAAUUGCGGAAAUAUCGUUACUAUCUGCGAUGAGGAGCAGCAAGUUAUGGGCGAGGCGGAAAUUGUCACCGCCUGCGAGGUGACCGAGGCUCACUUUCUGAGCAUCGACUGUGAGGAGGAUAAUAUGCCGGCGAUUCCGAGGUGCAAUAAGUGCAAUGGUUGUCCACAACAAAACAGGCAUGCAAAUUGCUUUGGAUCUUCGGUAAGGCGGCAACCAAAUUGCUUCCAGCAGCAACAACCUUGCUUUCAGCAGCAGCAACCUUGCUUUCAGCAGCAGCAACCCUGCUUUCAGCAGCAACAACCUUGCUUUCAGCAGCAACAAACUUGCUUUCAGCAGCAGCAACCUUGCUUUCAGCAGCAGCAACCAUGUUUUCAGCAACAACAGCCAUGUUUUCAGCAGCAACAGCCCUGCUUUCAGCAGCAACAACCAAAUUUCCAUCAGCAACAAACAAAUAUUCAGCAGCAACAACCUAGCUUGCAGCAGCAACAACCCAGCUUUCCACAACAGCAACCCUGCUUUCAGCAACAACAAAGGAAUUGUGGCCGAAAUUCACUCUGUCCCAAUGCCCCGGCGAAACAAAGAAGUUGUCUCAAGUGCCCGGAUCAAAAUCAAUCCAGCAAUUCGUUUGUUUACACUCAGAAGCAGUCAGUGCAAGCAAUUCUUCCGCAAUUGCAACAACCAACUCAGCAAAGCAAUCCUUCAGAACAAGUGCAACCAACAAUGCAGAUGCAGCCACAGAUGCAGCAACAACCAGUGGCACAACAGCAACCCAUAGAGGAGAACAACUAUUGCCUCACCGAAAUGCUGGCCGAGGAGCUGAAGAAACAGAUGCUGGAGGCCCAGGCGCAGAUUGCCCAAGUGCAGCUCCAGCUGAAUAGCGCCUGUGGAGCCACCAGAGUGAGGCAGAUGCAUGUGCUCACCCAGAAUGCCUCCGAUGCUCCUGGUUGGGCGCCAGAAACCCAGUUCCUAGGUUCCUUUACCGAGGAUCAGGAUGCAGGCGUUGCUAUCCCCGAUGAAAUGGGGCAGAACGGUGGUGAAGAGGAUCGCGUUAGCUGUCAGGAGUUUUCCAUGCAGUCCGCAGACCAGCAGCCAUCCUUUCCCUGCCAAGUCUCGGGAUCCACCAAGUCAAAUGCGAUAUGGUCCGAGCAUUCAGCUUCUCAAAACUCACCGGAUCCCAUGCAGUUUGGCCUGUAUCCUGUGCCAGUGCCGAUGCCGAUGCCAAAUCCAAAUACAUACUUCGAGCCAGAUCCUCAGCAAUUUCCCUGUCAGCAGCAACAGCCAGCGUCUUUUAUGCCCCAGCAAAUGGUUCCUUGUCAGCAGAUCCAACAGCAAAUGGUUCCUUGUCCGCAGAUCCAACAGCAAUAUAGAGCUCCGCCCUUCCCGCCACAGAAACCUCCUCCUUGUCAGCAGAAGCAGCAGCAGCAGCAGCGAUUAUCCUGCCAGCAACAGCAGCAGCAACAACCCAUGAGAUCUGGUCAACCGUCCCAAUCCAAUAAGUGUUCCUGUGCCCCACAAUUCUGUCCCAGUUGUUGUUGCCAACGAUAUGCCCAAAUGCGAUUCAUGAUGCCGCGAUGUUGGCCACGCUGAAGGUUUCGUUUGGACACUGCAACAUUUGUAGCGCAACUUACCUUGAUCAGUCAAUAUGAAUGUCCCAUCAAGUUAAGAUACCUUACGAAUAGAGGUCUCCAGAUGUACACACAUAAUUGUGCAAUUCUUCCGUUUAAAAUUGAGGGCAAUCGAUGAAGGCAAAAACUCGCCUCAAAUAAAGUUUCGAUUUUAAAGGUUA